AUGCCGUUUAGCUGUUUGCGGCGACUCGCCUCUUCUGCAUCUUCUCACCGUCCGGCGGAUGAUACAGCCUCUCCGUGUCGUCGCCCCCCCUCGCUUCACGGCCCCCACGUCACCGGCAGACUUGUUGCCAGGCUGCUCCGGUUCCCAUUUUGCUACCUCGCGCCUCCACUCGACCGGUCGACUUGUCGUCUAGUCCCUUUUCCAUUCGGCCCCUCGACGACAUCUGCCCUCGCUCGCGUCGCCAAACAGCGGCUCGUCAUCGACAAGUUGGCCUCUUUCCGCGCGCUCAACCCGCAAGAGUUGCGCCUUCGCCUAUUCGUCGACUUUUCAUCCGAAUUGCCCACUUUUUCCGUUCCGGCCUCUUUGUCUGCUUUUUCAGACUUGUCGAUUUCAUCCACUUUCUCCACCUCGCCCACUCUAUCCACUUUGCCUGCAUCUAUCACAUCCAUCCUGUUCAUUGGCACCUCGUCCAGCUCGCUCUGUUUGUCCUCUUUUUUUCUACUCUCGCCAUUUUGCCCACAUCCUCCACCUGGUCCACUUUGUCCACCUCUUCCACUCUUUCCAUUCCAUCCAUCUCGUCCACACCGUCAGCUUGUAAGCACUGACCUCUCGGACGCGGUGUCCGGCCAUCUCGACAUCGGCAUGUUUCCCACCACCUUCUGGCCGUCACGCCAUCACCAUCAGCCCCAGCCCCAGCACCAGCACCACCAGCAUCAUCAUCAGCAUCAGCAUCAGCAUCAGCAACACCAUCCGCACCAGCAACAUCAGCAUCAUCAGCAUCAACAGUACCAACAACGCCAUCAGCACCAGCUUCUGUCGGGACGUCUCGGCGGCUCUGCCGACACCGACUUGAUUGUCUCGGUUUACUCUCGUUUCCGUACCACCUUCUGGUUGGAUCGUCUCCUCGUCUGGCUCGGCGUCCUCCUCCCCGCCGCAGUCGGUCUGCUCCUCUUUCUGCUGCACACCCUCCUCGGCCUGGCCCACUGCCUGCCCACCCCCGGCGUCGCCAACGGCCUGACGACCGGACAGACGACACACUCCGCCCUCGGCCGGUCGUUGAGUCGCGGCGAAAGUCAAUUCGUCGACCACUCCUGCAGUCUCCAGUUGACCUCCAGCGUGCUCCAGGGCGUCUCACAAACGGCUCACCUGACCCACCUUCUCGUCGACCAGUCGCCGUCGCCGUCGCCGUUGGUCUCGUCUAGGCCUGCCUCAACCGGUACCGCCAGUCUCCAGCACGAGUGUUAUCCAUUUCUGCUGUUGCUGGCCGCUCUGCUCAUGUGGAUGCCGCACUACAUUUGGUCGCGAUGCGUCGACGCUCCGUCGCGACGUGAUCUCUGUCUGGUGCACGGCGAGCUGCGUGGCUUUCGUGAGGCCGUCUCCAACGAGUUGGCCGGCCUCGACUACCAACCGUUCGGCUAUCCGGUCUCGGUACCAACGCACCUCGUCUCUGCCGCCUAUCCACAGGCCGCGUCGACGACGCCACUCCCUUUUGUGGCACUCGGUUCGCCGGUCAACCCACACGGCGCCAACGGACUCAACCUCGGCCUCGGAUUGGCCGCUCCGCCG